AUGGAGUGCUCAGCAACCUGGACCAACUCAACCACCGUCAACGAGAUUGACGUCCGCAACUCUGGCGCGUUCACAACCCUGCCGGUGCGAAUCAGCAAAUACAAUGAAAUCGCCAUCACUACUGCGCAAAAGCUAGCUUGUAUCUGGGAUAACAUGCGCUGUGGCGGUCUGUCAUCUCGUACCGUCAAUGUUGGAAGGAAUCUGCUUCCCUUGGUGGUCCCGGAGGCAUUGCCGGAUAGAAUGGCAACGGCCGUGAAGUUGAUUGAAUUGGGCCAUUUGUGUGAUGCCUUUUCCGAUCAAUUGGACUCGCAGAGUAGGGCGGAAGUCUACAACAUGCUGACCAGAUGCAUGGAUCGGUGCUCUGUCGCUUCAGCUUCGUCGUGCUCUUGUCCUAGUGCAUGCAACAAGGAGUUUGGCGACAGACAGGCCCAGCUGCGGACGCUGAUCUAUGAGGUGGCUACUGAGGCUAUUCAAUUUGAUCGUGAACAGGGUAUGCUUAUCCUUGAGCUUCUCGGGAAAGCUGUCGCACCGGAACCAAUGUCAUUUGGAUGCAAGAAGAGCUCAGCGUUUAGAACCUUCUGGCCCAUCCUCGAGUUCGCCAUAGGCAUGAAGUUGACCGAAAUGGACCGCAUGGUCCUCCGCGACAUCAAGACCGUAGUGGAUGAAUACCACAUGCUGAACGACGAAUACUGGGGUGCGAACAUCACCACCGCAGCAUCCUACCAAACCGACUUUUGCAGAAAGCCAAACCUCCCUUUUGAAGGAAAGGAAGGCCUGAAACGAAGAAUCAUGGACCUUGAAUUCCGCUACCGCUCUCUUCAAGCAGACAUCUACGGUAAAUACCCCGUCGAGUCCAUGCGACUGCGCCGCUGGAUCGAAGCCGCCGGAAUGGCAAUGGCAGGCUACAACUACUGGCGUGCCUUAUCCUCAUCUGGCCCCUGCAACAGCUCAUCCAGCGCCUGCUCAUGCUCCCCAUCCGAAUGGACACGAGUCACCACUCCGGCCUCCACCAUGUCCUUCUCAUCAUCCCCACACACAUACUCCGGCACCUACGAGCGCAGCGAAUCCACAACCCUCACCGCCGUGACCAACUACAUCAGCUCCAUGCCCCCAUCUCCCUCAGUCCAGAUCCUCAACAUGGCCCCCUCCGCAUUAAACACCUGGACCCGUGCCCCACCCCCAGCAGUCAAGUGCAUCUCGUCUCUCAUCACCUCUCUGCAAAACGCAACUACAACCCUAACCGACAUCACCGCGGACAACACCCACCGCUACAACCAGCCCACUGCACACGCCGUCUUCGGCACCAUGCAGGCGACCAACAGCGCCUACUACACCUUCAUCCAGUCGGUAUCGGAGGCACGCGCCCUAGCCAACCCUGCCCUCGCCACAGAUAUCCUCCUGAAUGGAUUCAACCGUCUAUACGCCGGACACAGCCGAGAACUGAACUGGAAGUACAACGCGUGCAUCCCAUCCGAAGCCGAAUAUCUCUCCGUCGUCGACGACACCACCGGCUCUCUAUAUACACUCCUCGUCAAACUCCUCCAAGCUGAGAGCUGUCUCCCAUUCCACUGUAAACCCGAUCUCACGCCCCUGGCUACCUUGCUCGCUCGCUUCGUCCACGUGAAGGAAGACUAUCUCUCGUUCCACAACCGAGACACCCAACUGAGCAAAUCCACCGAUGCACGCGUCCUCUCGUACCCGGUUAUCCGCCUCGCCAAUAUCAAGCCGGACAGUCGGGCGCAGAUCUCCCGAUACCUCUUCGAAGGCAGCAAGGAGACAACUAAGAGCGGUGGCUGCUCCUGCGCGGAAGAGAAGCGAGACCCCUGCGGUAACUCGGUGAACUAUAGCUGCUUGGUUCUUCUGCUCCGCGAGUACGGAGCACUGAGUGCCACGAGGGACCUUCUCCGUGAUAUAGAAGAUAAGAUUGAGAAGGAGGUGGUGCAGGUAGAGAAGAUGACGGGAGAAGUGAACCCGAUGAUGAGGCGGUUGAUUGCUGGACUGCGUGAGGGAUUGCUUCCAUGA